AUGGAGGCGACGGUCGAGGAGGCGCGCGCCUACUUCGAGGAGCACGGGCUCCGGCCCCUCCUCUCCGGGGGCGCCCGAGAGCGGGGCGGGGACCAGAGGGCGGGGGGGGGGUACCUCGAGGCCUCCUGCGGCGUCGGGCGGCCCGCGGACCCCCUGGGCUUCCUGCAGCAGCAGCUGGGUGCCGAGGCGGCGCGCCGGCGCGGGGAGCCGCCCGAGGCGAGCCCCGAGCCCGCGCCCUCCGACCUGGAGGAGGACACCGGGUGGAGCGUGGACCCCCUGCUGCUGCUCGUCCAGGAGGCUCUCCCCGCCGCCUCGGGGGCGCGGGGGGCGGCCGUGCCCCUCCAGGUUGCUGGCGCAUCCACGCUUGCCGGAAGGAGCUGCUGGGCCGGCGGCUUCAACAAGUCCCUGCUGGACGGCUGGCUGGUGCAGCCGUCCCCGUGCUGUGCCGCAGCGUCCGUGGCAGGCUCCUUCAACGCCCUCUGGGGCCUGUGCAGGCGCGACGCGGGCCACUUCACGGUGCGCGAGUGCGCGGACCUCAUGGCCGACCACUGCGACGUGCUCCGCGCGAAGAAGCAGAGCCGGUUGGAGAGGCUGCUCGGCGUCCACGAGGGCGCCCUGGACGAGUUCCUGGCCGCCCUGGACGCGCGGCUGGCGGCCGAGGGUCUCGAGUGGGCCGCGCGCGCCGGGCCCAAGGCGGUCACCAAGCCUGCCGCGAUGCGCGCCUCGCGCGCGGUGCUGCGUGCGGCGUCCGCCGCGGCGGGCGGCGCACGCAGCACCGAGCGGCCCACGGGCGAGGCGCCCGGCGCAGACGGCGCGCCGACAGCGGAGGUCGCCGCCGCGGAGCGGCCCGCCCAUGGGGCCGCUGCGGACCAGCCCGUGGAGGGCGCGGAACAGGCUGCCGCAGAGCGGCCCGCCGACGGCGCGCCUUCUGCGGAGGCCGUCGCCGCAGAGCGGCCCGCCCAAAGAGCCGCGGACCACCCCGCGGAGGGCGCGGAGGGGGCCGUCGCGGAGCGGCUCACUGACGGGGCCGCGGCGAAAGAGUGCGCGAUCGCGGCGGAGGCCGCGGCACUGCGCCGGAGCGUGUUCGCCGCAUUGGGCGAGGUGCUGGGCGAGGACUCGGGGAGGGAGGCCGACGGCCUCGCGGACGAGGGCGACGCGGAGGAGGAGGAGGAGGUCGAGGGCGCCGGCGGCGGCACGCAGCUGCCGCAGGAGUCUGCUCUGGUCCAGCUUGCGGGCGGGCCGGACUGGAAGAAAGAGCUGCAGGAGCUGCUGACGAAGAGGAAGGCCGUGUUCAAGCUGAGGGCGCAGAAACCGAACACCUCCGAGGUCGGGACCUGGGGCAUCAAGCAGGCCGCGCAGGAUCUCGCGGAGGCGCGCGGCUUGGGGACCGUGCGGGUGCGCUGCUUGAUGGGCCGCAAGGGAUCCAUGCGAGGACUGGUCGCGCCCCUGAGCAAGGGGGACACGCAGUCCUCGAUCGACCAGCAGUGGGACGCGUUGAAGGCCGCGUUCAGCUCUCCCAGCUCGGUCUUGCUCUUCCACUUGACCAACCACUACGCGCUGAUCUUCGCGUGGCGGGAGUGGACCGAGCAGCCAGAGGGCGACCGCCCUGCCGCGCAGCGCAGGCAGGUGCUGACAGCGCGGAAGGGCCAGCGCCCAAGUGCAUGGAUAGAAUUCGAGGAGGUUCGCCGCACUAUGCUCGGCUGGAGCGGCUACCACAUCCUGCAGCUGCAGCGGGUCGCCGACGACGCAGCCGUGGGCGGCGCCCCGCCGCGCGAGCCGGGCACGGGCGGGCCCUGCGCUGACGUGUGA